GCAGAUACAGAAGAGCAGCUGCUGCGUCCGGACGCGUCUGCACAACACUUCUAACUUUUAAAAACACAUCUAAACCAAGAUUUGGCAGCCAUGAUGUCCGCUCAGGAUGGAGCCCAGGUGCAGUGCAGCAUGACGUUGGAACAGCUCAACUCCUCUGGACAGACCACACGCAGACAGGUCAUGCGAAAGGCCUCUAUCCUUUUGGGCCGCAAUGAGUUCCAAGAGCUCAUCCUCAGACUUCACGACGGUAAAGUCCAUCAGAACUACAGCGUCAAAGACUUUAAACUGUUCACCAAAUUCGUCCGAGAAGGCAAAUGCACCAUCCGCCUCCUCCCAUCCAACACUCAAAUCCUCCUGUCAAACUGCCCCCCGGCCCAGCUCAGCGCCUUCCUCAAAACUCUCACCAUAAAGCACCAGGCGGGACAGGGGACCAAGCCCAUGAGUGACCGGGAGAAGUUCAAAGCGGGUCUGCCCAGGAGCUUUGAAGCCAUCAGCCCCCUCCAGCAGAAAGACAUCCAGAAGGUGAACGAGCUCCGAGCCAAAGCUAACCCGAACAUGGGGCUCUCAGAUCGGACAAACAGAACCAGCACCAGCACCACGGGGGGGAAGCAGGUGAAGAGGGCCAGAGCUGACUGCAACUUUAGUCCCGUGAAGGCCAACCCGUCUAAGAAGCCCGUCCUGUCUCUGCCCUCCUCUAAGCUGAACAAGGAGCAGGCGGCGGUCCUCAGUGCUGUUCUGAGCGGCAGAAACGUCUUCUUCACUGGAAGCGCAGGCACAGGGAAGUCUUUCUUACUGAAGAGGAUCAUUGGGUCUCUUCCUCCUAAAAGCACGUAUGCCACAGCCAGUACGGGGGUGGCCGCCUGUCACAUCGGAGGAACCACUCUGCACAGCUUUGCAGGAAUUGGCUCUGGCUCCGCCCCCCUGGACCAGUGCAUCGAGCUGGCGCAGAGGCCCGGGGUGUUACAGCACUGGACCAGCUGCAGGCACCUCAUCAUCGACGAGGUCUCUAUGGUGGAGGCACAAUACUUCGAUAAGCUCGAGUCUGUGGCCAGGUCCGUGCGCAGGUCCACGGAGCCGUUCGGAGGGAUCCAGCUCAUCAUGUGUGGGGACUUCCUGCAGCUGCCUCCAGUGUCUAAAGGGAAGGACAAGGCCAAGUUCUGCUUCCAGUCUCGGAGUUGGCGUAAGGUGAUCCAGGUGAACAUGGAGCUGACGGAGGUGCGGCGCCAAACGGACCAGAGCUUCAUCUCGCUGCUGCAGGCCGUGAGGGUGGGCAGAGUAACAGAGGAAGUGACCUCCAGGCUCCUGCACAGCUCCUACCACAACAUCGAGCGGGACGGGAUCCUGGCCACACGUCUCUGCACCCACAAAGACGACGUGGAGCUCACCAACCAGAGCAAGCUCCAACAACUGCCAGGAGCUGCCCGUGUGUUUGAGGCUCUGGACAGUGACCCUGCCCUGGAGAAAACCAUCGACGCCCACAGCCCAGUGAGCAGAGAACUGCAGCUCAAAGUGGGAGCUCAGGUUAUGUUGACCAAGAAUCUGGACGUGGCCCGGGGACUGGUGAACGGAGCCAGAGGAGUGGUCGUGUCCUUCGAUACUCAGAAACAUGGUUACCCGCGGGUGCGCUUCCUGUGUGGGGUGACGGAGGUGAUGAAGCCGGAGCGCUGGGUGUUUAAAUCUGGAGGAGGGGUCCACCUGAGCCGCCAGCAGCUCCCUCUCAAACUGGCCUGGGCCAUCUCCAUCCACAAGAGCCAGGGCAUGACGCUGGACUGUGUGGAGAUCUCCCUGGCGCGGGUGUUUGAGAGCGGCCAGGCGUACGUGGCUCUGUCUCGGGCCCGCAGCCUGGAGGGGCUCAGGGUCAUGGACUUCGACCCCAGCGUGGUGAGGGCCGACCCGGACGUGCUCCAGUUCUACAAGAGGAUGAGGAAGGAGAGGCUGCUCAUGCAGGCCUCCAUGGAUGACUUCAUGGGUCAGAACAAAGAAAACUGCUUUUGAUGGAGCGUCUCUUUAUUUAAACCAAUGCACUGUCUGCACAUUACUGUCCCUGGACACAAGGCAACGCUGCCCCCUACUGGCUGCUAUAUUUUUACUGCGUAACUGUUUUAUCAUGUUUUUUUUUUUUUUUUUUUUAUCUUAACUUAUCAUGC